UGUUCCCUCCGUGUACUCUUCCUCACAUCUCAUCUGCAGUGUAAGGUUCACUGGGCACGUAUCGAGACACAGGAGACACACUGGUGGACGAUAUGAACUUCUUCUGCUCUGCACUCUGUAUUCUGGCCUGCGUGUGUGUUCACACCGUACAGGCCGCUAUCGGUACCUCAGAGAUAAACUGUGCAGGUGGAAGUACGGUCAACGUGGGUUCUACUACAGAGGGCUUUGAAGGAGAUGUUGAGAUCCUGACGAAUAUCAGCCCCGGGGAGAACCUGCAGCUGGAGGCUCACCACUUCUCCAUCGGUAUAACCUUUCUGGAGCUGGUCCAUCUUCCUGGAGAAACGACUGCCACCAUCAAAACUACAAAACCUCUCGAUGCUGACGCUCUGAGCGAGUCUGGUGGAGUUUUAUACUAUAUAGUGAAAUGCAAAACCUUUAAGAACACUCGGAUCCUUACUGUUGAGGACAUCAACGACAACGCGCCGGUUUUUGAUCAGAAACAAUACACGUCUACCGUGUCAGAGACGGAAGGAGUGGGUUUCCAGGUCCUGAAGGUGCGAGCGGUCGAUGCUGACGCUACACCAGCAAACAGCAUAGUGACUUAUUCCUUACUGUCUCCAGCUCCGCCGGAGUUUGAGGUGCGGAACGAUGGGACCAUCAGGUUACUCAGUCGGCUGAACUACAACGUCGCCAGUCUCUACAACUUCACUGUGAAAGCUGCGGAUAGUGGGGGUCUCUAUGACACCACCACUGUCAUCAUCAACGUCCAAGACUUUGACAACACGAACCCGUAUUUCGACCACGCUCUGUACCAGGCAUCCGUUCCUGAGAAUCAGGUCGGAACCUUCACAACGGUCACGCCGGAGGCUAUAAAAGCUCGAGAUGGAGACACGGGAAUCAAUCAGACUGUAGUUUACGACAUAAUCAGCGUCACUCCAAGUAAAUAUCGGCCCAACUUCGGCAUCGACCGGAACACCGGGGUCGUCUCAGUGACGACGGCGUUGGACAGAGAGGAAAUAGAAACCAUCACACUCCAAAUACAGGCAGCUCAGGAGGAUGACAGUACUAAAACCGCCAAUGCUGUUGUGCUCGUCUCCAUCGAGGAUGUGAACGACAAUGCACCGGAGUUUGACCAGAGCAACUACACUGUGGUUAUUCCGGAAAAUUCCCCCCGAGACCGCUUUGUUCUUCAGGCCAAAGUCACAGACCUGGAUCAGGGAGGUUUUGUGGGAACGCUGAGGCUCGUUCCAGAUACAGUUCCUUUCUUCAUCAGUCCAGACGGAUCCAUCUGGGUGAAGACGUCCACCGAGCUGGACAGAGAGACCACCCGAGACUUCACUUUUCAGAUCGAGGCAAGAGAGGACCCCCCCUCCACCCACAGCACGACGGCCAGCGUGAACAUCACCCUCUCGGACGAGAACGAUAACAGCCCAGUGUUCGGAAGCACCAAGUACGAGGGCAGAGUUCCCAUGGAUCAGACUGUUGGCAUGCUUGUUGUCAAGGUAGAAGCAACAGACCUAGACGAGGGACCGAACGGGCAAAUCAGAUACUUCAUCAACUUUGGGAAUGAAGAGGGCUAUUUUGGCAUAAAUGAAAACACAGGCGAGAUAUCGUUAAACAAGACCAUCCCACUCCUGGAGAACAAGAUCCUCCAGUUUUUCUUGUACGUGACUGCAAAAGAUGGGGGCAGCGUGAGCCUAUCUUCCUCCGUUGUCGUGGACAUUAAGGCACCUGGAGACUCUCGUCCACAUUUCCUUCAGAAAACAUAUCAAGGGAAAGUAGUGGAAGAGGAAGAGGCGGGGGUGGAGAUUGUCAAGGUGGUGUUCCUGUCUAUGUCCCCUGAGGUUCCGGUCACCUUAACGGUCGAGACGGAAGCAGAGAAGUUCUCCAUAGACCAGCUGACUGGAAUGCUCACGACAAAAGUCAAACUAGACUACGAGGCGCAGAAGAACUACACCGUCCAGGUGUCUAUUUCGGAUGGCACCAACCGCGAUGAAGCCUCGGUUCAUGUCGAAGUUUUGGACAUCAACGACAAUCGUCCUACGUUUGCCUCCAGCUCGAUCGCCGUUAACAUCCCAGAGGACGCAGAGAUUGGCGCUAACGUCACAUACGUACAAGCCACGGACGCAGAUUCAGGGUUAAAUGCGGAAAUACGGUACAGUCUGGAGGGUUCAGCUGGGAUGUUUAGCAUGAACCCAGAAACAGGUUUAAUCUUCGUAGUGGCAGCACUGGACAGAGAAACCCAGGACAAAUACAACCUCAUAGUAGUCGCCCAAGAUCAAGGUCGACCACCACUCUCAGCACAGGCGUCCGUGGUGGUCACGUUAACCGACGUCAACGAUAAUUCCCCCGUCUUUUCCACACAGCGGUACGAGGCCAGUGUCUUAGAAAAUGCCACCGUCGGAAUGAACGUAAUUGUUGUCAAUGCCACCGACAAAGAUGAAGGUCCCAAUGGUCAAGUGACCUAUCACAUUGCCAAGCAGGAGCCACCUUCUCCACCCGCAGCCUUUUCCAUAGACGACAGAUCUGGUAUAAUAAGAGUGGCUCAAAACCUGGACUACGGCAAGGCAAAGAAAUAUACCCUGGAGGUGGAAGGGAGGGAUGGAGGCAGUCCAUCUCUUACAGGCAGUGCAACGGUGGUUGUGCUGGUGGAAGACGUGAACGAUAAAGCUCCAAAGUUUAGCAAGGAUCAAUAUGACGUGGCUGUCUAUGAGAAUAUAGCUCCUGGAUCUCCGCUUGUGUCACUGGAGGUCACAGAUGAGAAUGAGGGUGGAUUCUCCAAUGGGCACUUCCUUUUGACCAGUGACGUUUUCACUAUUACCAAUGAAGGCGUGGUCCACCUGCUGAGUAAUUCUAGCCUUGACAGAGAGACGAGAGACAACUACGUUCUAGAGGUGGUGGCUGUAGAUCAGCCCGUCAAUGGCUUGAGCGCCACGGCCCAGAUCAACAUAAUAGUUCUGGAUGUCAACGACAACAACCCACAGUAUUCAGAGUUCCAAAGUCCUAUAACGAUCCCUGAAGACAAAACAGGCAAGGUGACUCAAAUCCAAGUUAGUGACCGUGACAUCGACUUGAACGGAGAGGUCACCUUAACCACGUACUCCUAUGGUGAUGUCUUUGGCUUCACGUCGAAUGGGACUCUGAUGGUGACUGGGACACUAGAUCGAGAGGAACAAGAGAUUUACGAUUUGGUCCUUGUGGCGAGAGAUAGUGGCACGCCAUCCAGACAUAACAUUACCACGCUGACGAUUAUUGUGACUGAUAUUAAUGACAACGCGCCGGUCUUCAGUCAGGCUUCCUACUCAAUACGUGUUUUGGCUGAAGAUGUUAAAAAAGGAGGUCUGGCGUUAACCGUGUCUGCUACGGAUCGAGACGCCGGGAACAACUCUCUCGUCACCUACAGGUUCUCUGAAGGCUCCGACAUGGUGGAUUUGAAUCCUGAGACAGGAGCCAUCACCUGGACUCGUGACCUUACUAACGUCACCGAGUACAUGGAUAUACAGCUGAUCGUUCUGGCAGAGGAUCAUGGAACGCCACGCCUAAAUGCUACAGCAACGGUCACGAUCGAGGUGAGAACCAUCCAGACGACGGACAGUAUCGUCUUCGAGAAGUCCACCUACUUCUUCUCAGUAAAGGAGAACGGACCAAUUGAAACAAAUGUCGGUGAGAUCAAAGCGCUGACAGGAAACCAGCUGAUCCAGGUCACUUACAGCCUGAUGUCACACACAGACCUGUUCACUGUGGACAGUUCAACUGGAGCCAUCAAAACACUUCAAACACUGGAUAAAGAAGACAAGGAAAUGUAUAUCAUUAACGUGGAAGCCACUGACUCCAGGACAGCCACUAACACCAAUACAGCUAAAACUACGGUUGUGAUUCAGGUAGAAGACGUGAACGAGACUCCUGUCUUUGAACGUGAAACGUAUACGGCAGAAACCGUCAGCACCGCCCCGUUCAGAUAUCCGGUAGUGACCGUGAAGGCGUUGGACCCUGACGUCGGGGACAGUGAGGAGCUCCGUUACUCCCUGCAGGAGUCCAGUUCACUGCUGGGAAUCGAGAGCACCUCUGGGCAGGUCUAUGUGCUGGAUUUAUCAGGAAUGGGUGGCAAAAGAGUCACCGCUCACGUUAAAGCCACAGAUAAACACGGACUCUCUGCAACUGCUGAGAUACAGAUACACGUGAAAGACAGCGACAGCGAGAACAUCGUGGUGAUCGCACUGAACCAGCCCCUUCACAGUGUCGAGAAGAAGAUUACAGAAACUCAGAAGUCUCUGGAGAAGGUACUCGGUUGGAGCGUGCACAUCAUCAGCAUACGAGGCGAGAACGGAAACGAGAUGCGCUCACGUGUGACGAAAAUAAAUGCGAAGACAUACAUCAGCUUCAUCGCCGUGGACACGGAUGGCGUGGCCAUCGGUGCCCAAAAAGUCCACGAGAAGCUAAAGCACGAGAGCGAGAGCGUGAAAGUCGAACUGGAGAAAGUGUUCGGUUCUAACGUGGAACUGGAAGAAGUGGAGCGAGAAUCUGAGGAACAGGAAAACGCCCCCGAAACGACUGCCAUCGUGCUCGGCGUCUUGUUAGCGCUCUGCUUCGUCGCACUCAUCACACUGGCGGUGGUUUACGUGAUAAAGCUCAAGAAGAUUAAAGAUACCGAUUCAGAUAGAGAAAGUUUCAACAUCGCAAAGGCAGAGAGAUGCAGCGUCUUCACCAACGAAGACGCAUUUAAAGCGAAACAGGAGGAUCAGCAAAGCUGGUGUAGCAACAGAAAAGCAUCAGGAGCGUCUCCGAAGGGCAGCGUGGAAGUGACUGCUUCAGACAACUGCGCCAGCGUCACCUCGUCCCUCUAAAGACCAGCUGCAUGUCUAAAAUCACACAUCACUCAAGCACCUUAUGUAUCAGCCAGCAAAAUGAAGCAUAGUUCUGUUUCAAGGCCCAAGGUUAAUGUUUUUUUUUGGGGAGGGAUUUGCUUUGACUACAAAAAACAACCCACAACAACAAUAAAUAAACAAAAUACAUAUAUUUAUUAUAUUUUCAAACGGCAAAAGAUUUGGCUGCCAUAUUUACUAGACUGUAAUACACUUUUUUAAAAAAAUUAUACCAUAUACCACUGUGUUAGCAGAUUUAGGGUAAUCAUACUACUCCAGAAAACACGUUCGAGGGUUAGCAUGGUUUUAAAAAAAAUGUAUGAAAUGCUAGUCGCGCUAGCGGAAGUUAGCAUCACGCUAGCUCCUGUUGAGGUGAAUUACAGCGAAUGUCUCGACAUUUAUAUAUAAAUAUAUAAAGAUGGACAUAGAGACAUCUCUUUCCAGGGAUGAUAAAGGGAUUUAAACAAGGACUUUAUUGAAGAUUAUAUAAUCCUUAAAAAUGAGCAAAAAGCCGAACUAGCCUUAAGUGCUCCCUCAGACCCCCUACAAGCGUUAUAUAAAACAACAGUCUGGAAAAUACACCUUUUGUUAACAGUGGAGCAGAAACUUCACUGAUAACUUCACUGAUAUUAUUAUUAUUAUUAUUAUUAUUAUUUUAAGAGUACAAAUUAAAGUAACCCCUGCUGAAAAUAUCCCCCAAACAAACCAUCACAGAAAUUCUAAUGGUUUCCACUACAAACCAUCAGCUGUUAACCAUUACCAAAUGGUUUCCGUUACAUAGUAGGACGUAUUAAGAAAGUAGGUCGUUAACGGUAUCCACUAGACAUGACAUACCACCAAUAGAACGCAACAAAUUACCCGUAGAUACCCACAGGAACCAUUACAAUCCCCAUCAAAACCAUUACAAAUUCAAUGAGGGUUUCAAUUGUUUUUUGUUUUUUUAUUAUAAAUUAUUUAUUUCCAGCAGGGAUACUUUUAGAAAUCCCUGAUCGUGAACAUUUCCACAUUUAGUAAAUCAUGCACUUACCUUCCUAGUAGAGGAGUAAACGUCAGGCUUCCACAUGAUUUCGAUAAAAAUAAAGCGGCGAUUCCAUAUUUGGCGAGAUCACGGAAUCCACUACGAUCCGAUACACCUCGGAGCGACAGCUGAACAAAUGAACUUGCUAACCAAUUACACUGUCUGCACAUCUGUCUAAAAAUACUGAACAAUUAUUUUCUACACAACAGUCGUGUUUUUUUUUUUUUUUUUUUGGCUAAGAAUCUAUUUAUAAUCAAAUGAUGAAUCGAUCCCAAACCGGCAGACGGUUACAACCGGACUUCCUGUGAACUGCAACCCUUGUGUGUUGUAUAACUCUAUAAAUGGAUAUUUUCGCAUUGUGUUUUUGUUUUGUUUUGUUUUUUUUUUUGUCUGUAAAAAUGUAAUCGAACCUAAAGUAUCUAUCUCUGUGCACCGAAAUACGUCAAUAUACAUGUAUAAAAAUUGACUUCUGUGGGAUUGUGAAAUAAACAACAACAACAACAACACCACCACCACAACGGACUGUUAAAGAUGCGAAUCAAAGAAAUUUCAGUCUGUCAUGGUGACUUGCUUCAUAAUUAAAUCAUAUUAAAACUUUAUUAAGUUAUCCUAUAUUAAAAUAAAUCAAGGCAAAAAAUUUAAAGAAAAACGAAUGAAGAAGAAAAAAAAAAAAACAGGAACAAAAAAAAAAAUGCAAGAAUGACAUUAGAUAGAUUAUGGAAUGUAUCUCGGUAAAUAAAAUAUAGCUCCAACAGUUCCAUCAGGUGUGCUUUAUUCAAGCAACACAUCCUCUGUGUCUGAUAAAGCACCAUAAAGUCUAUAUACAUAUACAGCAUAUGUAUAUACACAGUAGAUUCAUGUGUGUGUGUAUAUAUAUAUACACAGUAUAUAUUGGCUUUACCCUUUUAUAUAUACUGUAUACAUAUAUUUUACAUAUAUAUUUAACUUCUCAAAUCUUCUCAUUUACAAGGCCAGGCAACAACUAGAAGAUUCUUUACAGAAUCAAGUUUGUCGUGGUUCUUAAUUUUUUUUCCUUUCAUUCAAUGUACAGGUAAACGUAGCUUUGAUAUCAACCACAGGGAAAAAAAAAAAAAAAAUUCAAAAAAAUCAGCAAGACGAUUGCACGGCUUGCUUCGAUAAGUACAAAACUGG